GGGUUGCAGAAGAGUGAACUUGGAUAGUUGGCAGCUAGAGCAGCCAGCUAGCUAGCUGGAGUCCUUCUUGCAUUGGUGGGCAGACUGGAAAGAGAAAUUAAACAGCUAGAUAGGUUUCUAGACUUGUGUGGUGAUGGCAUCUGCUCCUCCAGUUCAGGAAGAACCCCUACAGCCAGGGACGAACCACUUCAGGAGCCUGCUUGCUGCUGCUGUGAGGAGCAUCAGUUGGAGUUAUGCGAUCUUUUGGUCCAUUUCAACCAGUUGCCCAGGAGUUUUGACUUGGAAUGAUGGGUUCUACAACGGCGUGGUAAAGACGAGGAAGAUAUCCAACUCAGCAGACCUCACGGCUGGUCAGCUCGUCGUGCAGAGAAGCGAGCAACUGAGGGAGCUUUACUACUCUCUCCUGUCCGGCGAGUGCGACCACCGGGCGAGGAGGCCCAUUGCCGCGCUAUCGCCGGAAGAUCUCGCAGACACAGAAUGGUACUACGUCGUCUGCAUGACCUACUCCUUCCAACCCGGCCAAGGGCUGCCAGGCAAAAGCUAUGCAAGCAAUGCAUCUGUUUGGCUGCGCAAUGCUCAGUCUGCAGAUAGCAAAACAUUUCUACGCUCGCUAUUAGCUAAGAGCGCGUCUAUUCAGACAAUCAUCUGCAUCCCCUUCACGAGUGGCGUGCUUGAGCUGGGGACCACUGAUCCGGUUUUGGAGGACCCAAAGUUGGUAAACCGAAUCGUUGCAUAUUUCCAGGAGCUUCAGUUUCCGAUAUGCUUAGAGGUACUAAUGAGCACUAGCCCUUCUCCGAACGAAACGGAAGAUGCCGACAUCGUGUCCGAAGGCCUCAUCACUCACAACGCCAUCGAAGAGGGGCAGAUGGUUGUCUCUGAUGAGUGCGUGUCCAACGCCAACCGCGAUCCAAUCACCAUGGAGAUCGACGAGCUCUACAGCAUCUACGAGGACCUGGACCUGGACAUGGACCUGGACCUGGACACCGUGCGCUUUCUCGAGGAUAAUGGCUGGCCUGUGAACCCCAGCUCUUUUCAACUGGUCCCGGCGUCGUCAACGGAGGCGGUGGCGGCGGCGGCGGCGGCUAAUGAUGUCGACGGUGUUGCGAAUUCUCAAGUGUCGUGCUUCAUGGCUUGGAAGAGCGCGAAGUCAAACGAGAUGGCUGUGCCGGUCGUCACCGGUAUAGAGUCACAGAAGUUGCUGAAGAAAGUUGUGGACUGUGGUGCACGGAUGAGCACUGGUCGUGGUAGUAGAGCAGCGCUAACUCAAGAGAGUGGCAUCAAGAACCAUGUCAUAUCAGAGAGAAGGCGCCGAGAGAAGCUCAAUGAGAUGUUCCUGAUUCUGAAGUCAAUAGUCCCCUCCAUCCACAAGGUGGACAAAGCAUCCAUCCUUGAAGAAACGAUUGCCUACCUCAAAGUGUUGGAGAAAAGGGUGAAAGAGUUGGAGUCCAGCAGCGAGCCAUCACAUCAGCGCGCAACCGAAACAGGACAGCAAAGGCGCUGUGAGAUCACCGGGAAGGAGCUGGUCUCUGAGAUCGGUGUCAGCGGCGGCGGCGAUGCAGGGAGAGAACACCACCACGUGAAUGUCACCGUCACGGACAAGGUGGUUCUCCUGGAGGUGCAGUGCCGAUGGAAGGAGUUGGUGAUGACACGAGUGUUCGACGCGAUCAAGAGCCUCUGUCUUGACGUUCUCUCCGUGCAGGCGUCGGCACCGGAUGGUCUUCUUGGACUGAAGAUACAAGCUAAGUUUGCUUGUUCUGGUUCAGUGGCACCUGGGAUGAUCAGCGAAGCUCUCCAGAAAGCUAUCGGUGGCUAGCGUCGAGAGCGGCACACGUACGUUAGAUGAAUUUGAAAUGCAAGAAGCAGAAGCAGAAGUGCAGAACUACAAUACGAUCCUCGUGAAAUUUUAUUUAUUAUAUGCUCGCUGGUCCAGAAAAAUAUUUGUUUCGGAAGAUAGCUUCAAUCACAUCCUCAUGUUCAUGCA